AUGUUGAAAGAUGAAAGUACUGUCAUGUUAGAAGAGGAGGAGGAAGAAUACAGUGAUAGUCUUGAUAAUAUUGAAGGUUCAUCAAUAUCGGUUGAUGAAAAACAGAAUGGUCAUAUUUAUGGUGUUUUACCAUAUUUAGCACCUGAGGUCUUGAAAGGAUCAGUCAUUAAUUUGCAGUACAAAAGAAAUACGAUGUUAAAAACACUAAUUACAUAA